GUUUAUAUGUAUAAACGACACUCAUGGAGUGAAGGGUAAUAUUUAAAGGGUUUAAGCUGUAGUUCGCGACAUAUUGCGAAACGAAAUGGUGUUCUCAGACAAGCAACUUUUUGAGAAGGUGGUCGAGAUACUCAAGCCACUCGAUCUUUCUGUGGUUGACUAUGAGGAGAUUUGUGAUAGGAUGGGAGAGUCAAUGCGUCUAGGUUUACAGAGGAGUACAAAUGAAAAAUCAUCUAUUAAAAUGUUUCCAUCUUAUGUUACAAGAACACCAAAUGGGACAGAAACUGGAAGUUUCUUAGCUUUAGAUCUUGGUGGAACAAACUAUCGAGUGCUUUCAGUAACUCUUGAAGGCAAAGGAAAAUCUCCAACAAUCCAAGAGAGAACUUACUGUAUUCCUGCAGAAAAAAUGUCGGGUUCUGGAACGGAGGUUAGGUGUAAUGUCAAGCUUAUUUUUUGUAACUUGACCAAUAUCUUAUUUUUGUUCCUAUUUUCACAUCGGCUAAUUUUUUCUAUCCUAUUUCCUUUUAAAUCCAUGAGAUGAACCAGUUUUAGUCUUGAUUUCGUCUUAUCAAGUAAACUAGCUAGUUUAUUCAAGUGUUAAAUAUGGCAUAACUUUGGAAAUUUCCUUCGGUUUAAGACUAAACUCAUUAGUCCACGAGAGAUUACUCUAUCCAAUUCAACCAAGAUUUAUUCGACUCUCGGGAUAUCUGACUUUGUUUGAUAGCCUGGUUUGAAGGCAACGGACUAACAUGUCUUUGGUAUUUCCUCAUAUGAAGGGUUGUGGGUGAAUUUCCUGGGCAAUAUUUGCUACUUCUAUGUAGUGAAAUACUAAUUCUUUAAAUUUUGAAAAUAUCUGCAUUUUAUUUAUGAAUUGUGAUUUAAUAACCAUACCAAAAGCAAUUUUUACCAUAAAAUACGUUAUUUAAACUAAGUUAAAUGCACUUUGCCCUGAAUCUAAACUCCUGAAGUUCUAGUAACUCUCAGACAAUUUUGUUUAAGGUGGCUUUUCAGACACAUAAACAGUUAAACAAUACUGUCUCGUAGGUGAUUGCACGCAUUUGUAUCAGGUUAGCUAAUCGUAUUACUUCUCUUAGGCUAGAUUAUGGAUAAUUUAGUCUAAACGUUUUUCUGGUUUCCAUUGCUUAAUCAAAGCUAUUUUCUAGAGGUGGAGGACCUACGGACUGAGAAUGUUUGUGAAAUUCAUAAAAAGUAUGAAAUGUGUUCAAACCCUAUUUUAAACUUGCAUUGGAUUUUCACUGAGUCUUUUCAAAUCAUCUCAUUAGCCAGCUAUAAUAAACGUAGAGCUUGGAACUAAUACAUAUUGGACAGAGCUGUCAUUGUUGUAGAAAGCUAUAUAGCCUGAAGUGACUCAUUACAAUCAUAUUCUUAAAAUAUAAUUUGCAUUCUUUUAGAUUCUAUUCCAAACAUUCUGUGUUGGCUUUUUUUGCGUAUACAAUGAAAAAUAAAUUGCACAGCUAGCUUGUUUUAUAUUAGUUAGGAUCACUUAAUAAAAAAGAUGUAUAUUUCUAGAAACAGUUUGAUAAAUUGCUUAUUAUUAUCUUUCUUACGUAGCUCUUUAAAUAUAUUGCUGAGACACUGGCUGACUUUCUGGAAAACAACGGAAUGAAGGACAAAAAGUUCGACCUCGGAUUCACGUUCUCUUUUCCAUGUGUCCAGAAAGGCCUCACUCAUGCUACUUUGGUGCGAUGGACAAAAGGGUUCUCCGCAGAUGGGGUAGAAGGUCAUAAUGUUGCUGAAUUGCUGCAAAAUGAGCUAGAUAAAAGAGGAUUAAAUGUGAAGUGUGUUGCAGUUGUAAAUGAUACAGUUGGAACACUUGCGUCGUGUGCUCUUGAGGACUCAAAAUGUGCCGUUGGAUUGAUAGUUGGGACGGGAACAAACGUUGCUUACAUUGAGGACUCUUCGAAAGUCGAGUUGAUGAAUGGCGUGAAAGAACCCGAAGUCGUUAUAAACACAGAGUGGGGUGCAUUCGGCGAGAAAGGGGAAUUGGACUGUUGGAGAACACAGUUUGACAAAACAAUGGAUAUAGACAGUCUUCACCCAGGAAAACAACUGUUAGUCUUAUUUUAUAGAUACUUAAAAUUAUUGUAGUCAACAAUUAUUUUGUUGAUAUUUUGUCAUAAGCUCUUGCAAGCAUCUAAAACAUUGUUAUUUAGGUCCGGGGAUGAUUUUAUAACUGGUUGUUUCCAAGUUUAGAACUAUUCCUUUGUAAAAGCAUUUUUCUCAAAUUAUUUCAUACACAUUAGUAAAUAGCAACAGUGUUUAUUAUUAACAAGUCCUUGAAUCGAGAGUUUCAGUUUUUCCCAUUCAACACAUCAUGCAGAAGUAUGUUUUUCAAACAUCCAAAAUCAUUUUAUAAUUUAUUCCUGUUCUGUAUUAUCUUCAGAUAUGAAAAAAUGGUAUCUGGGAUGUACCUUGGUGAGUUAGUUCGCCACAUCCUUGUUUACCUUGUUGAACAAAAAAUUCUCUUUCGUGGGGAACUCCCUGAACGUUUGAAAGUAAGCAAUUCUCUGCUGACUAGAUACUUAACAGAUGUUGAAAGGUAAGGUUUAUUUGAAACGCUGAUGUUUUAAUCGAUUUAGUUUUACAUACUAAAAUGAUGUUUAUAACAAAAUGCAUGUAUUUUUGCCACUUUUAAUUUAACGCGAAAUGAUAUUUGGUUUCACUUAGCUGAUUAUUAUGAUAAGUAAGAAUGACACCAGAAAUAUACAGUGCUUUUAUUUUUAUCAAUUCUGGGGAUUGUACUAGAACAAAAUGGCCCUCCAGUGCUUCCACGUUUUCAAUGGUGGUCUUGCUUAGAUUGACUUGUGAUUUCAGCUUUCAUUUUCCACAUGAAGAUUUAUAGAUUUUUUAAACUUGAUGAUCAUUUAUAGACCCUGUGGCUAACUCGGUAUACUUUUAUAAUCUUUUAACUCUAUUUUGUGAUAACAGCACAAAGUUACUCAGCAUUACAAACUGUGAUUUCCUACUACCAGUUGUCUAAUUUCCACAUAUAACAGUCAUUAUUCAAAAGUUACUGAUCAAUUUACGACUGAUGUAGAUUAACGAAAUCAUGUGGCCAAUAAAGCGAAACAGAAAAAACUGAAACUUGGUUUUGCACCGGUGAAUUAAAUUAUGUUGAUGCUUUCGUUUUUGCAGCUUGCAUUUCUACCCUUCACUCAGUCAAAAGAUUAAUACUUUUUGGUACAUGAAGUACGUAACAAACCAUGAUAGUAAAUUAUUUUCUUUGGACCGUUGAACCGUAGUAUGAAUUCGGGAACAAUCAUUUCUCGGUGUUGACAAUUAAAACUAUAUUUCUCUUUCCAUUUAUAUCACAUUUCACGUGUUGUCUCUAUAUAAAAAUCUUAUUUUGUUAAAAAUUUUGUUUUAGAGAUCCUGCUCACCUUUUAUACAAUACUCACUAUAUGCUUACUGAUGACUUGCGUGUCCCUGUUGUUGAGCCGAUAGAUAACCGCAUAGUACGAUAUGCCUGUGAAAUGGUCGUUAAACGGGCGGCUUAUCUAGCAGGCGCAGGUAUUGCUUGCAUUCUUCGGAGAAUAAACCGCUCAGAAGUAACUAUUGGCGUUGAUGGCUCUUUAUAUAAAUUCCAUCCGAAGUUUUGUGAACGAAUGACAGAUAUGGUUGAUAAACUAAAGCCAAAGAAUACACGAUUCUGUCUACGUUUAUCUGAAGAUGGAAGUGGAAAAGGAGCGGCAGCCAUAGCAGCGUCAUGUUCACGACAAAACUAAAAAACUGCACACACAAGAAACUAUUGUUUAUAUUUAGUUCUUUCAUCUGUUUUGUUGGCUUGAUAAAAUUCUCCGAUAAUUCAGAAACUGGCCCGCUUUAUUUAGUUUCUUGGCUAUGAUUAUCUUACUAUACUUUGAAAUAUAUAAUUUUAAUGCUGAAGGAAACAUCAUCAUGAAAUUGAAGGAUCAAAUAUAAAUCGACUUUUUUCUUAUUAGAUCACAUCAUACAGUAGUUCAAAAACUUAGUUCUUUACACACGGCAUUUUUCUGUAACUUCCCAUAACUUCUGUUAUCUGGUUUUCUAUCAUUAAAGUAUAUAUAUAUACAUAUAUAUAUAUACAUAUAAUUUUUCAUGAGAAUUUCUAGUCAGUCAAUGACAUUAAAGUCACAGUAUUUUAUAAAUUAUAUAAUUCUAUUUGGCUUUGUUAUGUAAAAGGCAAUGAAACUAUAUACCUUAAAAAACUUUUUCUGUACCAGCUAUUAUAUGCAAUACAUGAAGAAUUACUCUUUAUUGCUAUUAUUAUACAAAUAUUUUUCUGAAUUUGCAGUUGUAGAGCAAAAUAAACGAAUUUUUAGUUGUAAAAGAAAGCUAAUAUUCUAAUUCUUCGCUAUUGUUUUUACUUUUUUAUGUUUCAUGAAAAAAGAAAACCCUUAUAUCUUUUAGUUUUCACUAAUAUUACUAUUAUUUUUUAAUCAUUAUUCUUAAUAUUCCGAUUACUGUACACGUAUAUUAAAAAAAAAAACAUUUUAGCCAGAAUGUAAACAAUCAGAUUUAGUGUAUUUCGUUCUAGGACAUUGUGAUAAAUUUGUUUAACUAUUUAUUUUCUUGUGUGUGUGCGUUUAUUUGUGAUCGGCUAAUUGAACAUAUCUAUGGUAAACAAAAGUGAGAAAAGAAUGAUCUCCUGUUGUAAAUUGCAACAUACUUUGAGUUUGGAAAAAAGUGAUAGAUAUGUAAUCAUUUGUAUUUAUGGGCCAAAUAUAUCUCACUAUUUUAUGCCAUUGAGAAGUUUUCAAAUUUUUAAUUAAUAAAUAGAAUGAUAAUUUAUCAAAGUUUAGAUCAGGAAAAGUGCGAAAUUAGAAGUCGUCGAGUUGUUACUGAAUAUAUGUUGUUAUGCGUUUGUUCUUUAACUAUCAGAUCAGGUGUCAAAUUUAAUGCACCGUGAAAAUGAGAGUUUCUGUGUGAAGGAGCUACACCUUUUAGAUGUAUUAUGGUAAAUAAGUGUGGAUGUUAACAAGAUAAGAUUUGAUACAUAUGUAUUCAGGUUCAUAUCAAGAUAGAAAUGAAAAAUGACUAAUUGGCGAGCUAUGGAGUGAAACAUAUUGACAAUAGUAGUAAAUAAGGAAAGAAAGAAUGCCUGUGUUACCUUGAAGGAUUUCAAGAUAUCCCACCUAAGGUCUCUGACCACAGGUUUGGAUUGUGUCACUGACCCAUACUAGGAAGUUUGCGUUUUUGAAAAUGCGUUAAAUCAAAAGUCAUUGAUGUGUCCUAGCAUAUUUU